AUGCUGAAUCUUCGUACACCUGCUGGGCCCCGGCGAGUUGCGGCCUGUGUCCUCAUCUCCGCAUCCAUCCUCUUGACAAUCCAGACGCUGUUCGGGCCGACAUGGCUGUUCAGCAAGGACACCAGUGGCGCUGCCAGUGGUCGGGACACUUGGGCACCAGGGUGGUCGUCUACACCUCAAUGGUACAGACAGAAUUCAAAGCAGCACAAACUCGUCGACUUCCCGAAAAAAGUGUGGCACAUCGACGUCGGGGACCAGGUUGACCAAGAGGAUUUGAGUCGCACAGCCACUUGGCUGGAGGUGAACCCGUCUUUCCGACAAGAAUACCUCACUGGUGACAAUGCAGAAGCUUUCCUCCGAGACCAUUUCCCGGACCGCCCCGACUUGGUUGACCCCUACCUCGAGGUGAAAAGCCCCAUCCUUCGUGCUGAUAUCCUGAGGCAUCUCGUUCUAUUAGCGAAGGGGGGUGUCUAUUCCGAUCUCGAUGUCGAGUGCAGGCGCCCAGUGACGGACUGGAUUCCUGAAAAAUACAAGGAUAAAGUCAAUAUCGUCGUGGGCGUUGAAGACGACAUAGCGGGGCACGACCUCAAUCGCUUGGCCAGUUGGACCAUCUAUGCCCGUCGUGGCAACCCCAAGUUCGAACGCGUCGUGCUCUCCAUGUACUCCCGCUUAAGGGAGUAUGCUGCGGCCCGCGGCGCAACGCUCGCUACAAUAGGCACCGAUGAGGCACGCAUGACGUGGCGCGAGGUUAUAUCCAUAACUGGCCCCCACAAGUUCACGUGCUCUCUGUUCGAAGGCAUUGGCGCCGAGACCAACACCCAUUGCGACAUGACAAACGCAACUGAUCUCAAGGAACCAGUGCUCCUGGGUGACGUGCUAGUACUGCCGGUCACCGGCUUCGGGACUGGCAAAAAUGACCAACGAGAUAGAAUCGACAUUUUCGUGCACCACAACUACAAGAGUAGCUGGCUGCAUAACCUGAGACCCGAAGGGAGUGACCCGUCACCGAGGGAAUGA